AGGGCUGCUCCUUGGCGUAGGCCAUAGAGUGCUGGUAGCUCCUCUUCCUAGAGAGGACAAAGAUUGGAGGAGAAAAGGGAGAUUAAUGUGUUUCCGGGAAGAAAGGUCACGACUUCCGGUCUGUAUCCCUUCUGGACGUUGCUGCUUCCCCGUUGAGGCCCCAUCUUCGGAUUUGGAGGUUGCCAUGACGACCUGAAGUGGAGAAAGGCCGGCUUGUGCGGAUUCGUUCACGGGAAUUCAAAUAUUUUAAGUCUAAAAUGAAAGUUCCCGUUGCUGUUAUUCGUCUGCCCCGUGGACCUGAUGGGUCAAGCCGUGGCUUUGACCCCAACUCUCUUCGUUUCCAGGAGCUGGGCCCUACCAGCCUCUCCUCUGUGGGUUGUGGGAAUACGGCAGACCUGGAAUUGGAGCAGCAAAGCCGAGUGGCACUGCGGGAACGCUACCUGCGCAGCCUCUUGGCUAUGGCUGGGCGGCCUGUCCAGUUCACUUUGCACGAGAGGGUGAGCGUCACCGCCUUGUUUAGAGCUUCAGACAUUGACAUCCUGAACUUCCAGGUUUCUGAACUGCAGACUCCGCUGGGGAUACAGAAGGAAGCCCUCCUCCGCUGCUCAGACAUCAUUGCUUACUCUUUUGAGCUGUGAAGGCUGCCCCAUCCCAGUUGCCUUUUUUAAUAAUAAAAGCGUUUGUGAAAAACAA